UUUUUUUUCUUGUUCGAGAUCUUAGCGCCUAGGUUACAGGCCUUGCAGUUUGUCAGCCUCAUAUUAUAAAUCUAUUUACUUUGACGAACUUCAGCAAUUCAACGUACACUCAUUUCUUUUUAGUUAAACUAAUUUGUCAAUCUACGACUACAUAGUUUCUACCUAUGGAUAGGCGACAAUAAUAACACAAGAUAUAUCUCCCAGUCUUCCCAUCUUCCUGCCGUGAAAAUCCCCGGCACCGACACUUAACCAUUUACCCCCAGCCCAUCUUCCAAGAUGGCAGACAAAUCCAACACCACAAUACUCAUCUCCACGAGCAUCGUAGUCUUCCUAUCAGGCUUCUUACUAGGCAUGUACUCAGUGCGAGGGUACCUAUUCAUCUCUCCGUCCCUAGCCUCCCAGCGCCUGAGCAACUUCAACGACCCCCUCGAAAGCGAAGAGUCCGACAUCGACGAAGAUGACACAAUACUCGACCAUGCGCCUAACUGGGCCAACGGCGAGGACGCCGAUCGAAGAGACGGGCUCAAGGCCUCUAACUCGAAGAAGGCAAAGAAGACUUCCAAGGACAAGGCGGAGGACAAGGCGGACAGUGCUCAGCCUCAACAAACAGUAGCCGAAGGGUCUGCAAACGAGGAGUGCAAGCUAGUCCUAGUUGUGCGGACAGAUUUGGGCAUGACAAAAGGCAAAAUAGCAGCACAAUGCUCCCACGCAACCCUAGCAUGCUAUAAGACCCUCACCCGCGCCGCCCAACGAAAUCCCUCAUCAGCCGAAGCACGACUCCUACAGCGCUGGGAACGCCGGGGACAAGCCAAGAUCGCCGUACAGGUGAAGUCAGAGGCCGAGCUGCUGGACCUGAUGGGUAAGGCGCGCAGCCUAGGCAUCACAGCCGAGGUCAUCCAGGACGCCGGCCGCACCCAGAUCGACCCCGGCAGCCUAACAGUCCUAGGCGUUGGGCCCGCUCCCAAGAGUCUUGUUGACAAGGUCACUGGUGGCCUCAAGCUGUUAUGAUAGGGCUUCUAUGUAGACUUAAUCUGGCGUGGUAGGAACAUGGUCGGUAUAUAAUGGACGCAAACAUCGGUAGACAAGUGGGCAUAUAGAUAAAUAUGGGCAGUAUGAAAUAUACUGAGACGCAAAAUAUACCCACAGGUAAACACCCAUGGAUUGCUUAUAAAAGUGCAUAUAUAGGUAGUUAUGGAGUUAUAAGAAGUCAAGGUUAAUUUUUGA